AUGAGUAGAAACUUACAUAGGUGCAAAUGCUUAUCAUAGUUUACAAAUAUAUGGGGUGUGAUGUAUACUUAUUAUUAAUUAAUUAUUUCAUAUUGCACUAGUAAUUUUUAGUAGUACUAGUAAUAACAUUAUACAUAAUGUAAUAUUUAUACUAGAAACCAUUAAUUAGCAGAUAAUAUGGUAAAUUAUCAAAACUAUGGAUAAUUUUGACAAAUAUUUAUUAAUUUAAAUCAACUAUAAGUUGUUAUGUAUAUAACACAUGUGUUAAUAUAUGUAGAUAUUAAAUUAGUUGUAUUUAUUGUUUAAAUGAACACAAAUUAUUAUUAACAUAAUAUAUAAAUAAAUGCAAAUACAAUUCAAAACUAACUCUUAACUUAUAAAUUAUUAUUUAUCAGUAAUAUAUUUUUUUAAUAUUAUCUUUUAUAAUAACAGUUUAAUAAUGAACCCUGAUUUAUACAUUACGUUUUAUCAUUGAGAUAUUUAUUUUUUCUAGUAACAAAGUACCGCCAAGGCCAUCUGGCCAUGGAAUUGAAUUGGAGUCUACCACAGUAAUCUUAAAUUAUUUCAAAUUUAUCGAUUCAAAAAAUUUGUAUUAAUGUUUUUUUUUUUCAGGAUACCCCUGAAUAUAUUGAAGAACUCUAUCUUUCAUUUAGGAUGGGACAAUUUCCUUUUAACUUUCCAUCAUUUUCUGAUAAUCAAAAUGAAGGUAAUCAAAAUAACAGUAAUACAGUUUGUGUUAAACAUAUGUUUAAAAUUGAAUUUAAUAUUUGUGUUUAAUAAUGGAUUUUAUUAGCUCAAUUUGAUGCAGUGCUACAUCCAGAUAGUGCCAAUUUUUUAUCACAGCUUUUCGUGUGGGUCACAGUGAUAUGUUUAACAUGGCUAUGUGUGGCAUGAUUUAUUCACACAAUACAUCAUAUGCUAUAAUUUUUGUUAUUAAUCUUCUAUCAUUCAUUGAAUUACUCUGAGAAAUGCUCAUGGGGCCUUUGUUUUUAUGUAUAAUAUCAUAGACACUAUUUUUAUUUUUUAUUUUUAAACUUUUUCUAAGCUUUAAGCUCUUAAAUUUUCCUUAAAUUUUUACUAUUUGAACUGUUUGAAAUGCAACUAUUAUUUACAUUUAGCAUCAUAUAUAGACCACUGUUGUACUUGAGAAGUGGGGAAGAUUUAUUUUAAGAUUUGAAGUUUUUGUUUUAAUGUUAAAUAUACUAAUAGUAAUAGCAGUAAUCUAGUAACAUAUUCAGGUGAAGAUGCAGCAAAAACUUUUUAUAACAAAAUAACAAAAGAGGUUCUUUUAAUUGCAAAAAAUUAUUUAGAUAUUGAAAAACCUAAGAUAAUAACCAAUGAACAAGAAACUGAAUAUGAAAAAGAAAAUAACUGUCAUAUGUGCAAAAAAUCUUUGAUGGAUUUAGCACCAAUAAUUGAGAAGAGACAAGGAAUACUUAAUGAAAUUAUAGAAUAUUGGCAAUUCAAAAUGUUUGAUGUUGUUAUGAAAUAUUGGUAUAUUGAAAUAAAAGGAAAUCCAAUAUUUGAUUACGAAAUACAUGAAGCUGACUAUACUUAUGAAUGUCAUAGAUGUAAUGAUAAAAUUAAAGAGUUGGAAGAUGAAAUUAAAAUAUAUAAUAAGAAGAUUGAGAAAUAUGAGAAAAAAAGAAAUGUGUUCCUUGUUGCACUUGAAGAUAAUAUGAGAAAGAUUAGAGAUCAGGAUAACUCAAUGGGGAAAAUAUAG